AGAGCGAGCAGCAAGCAAGGUGCGCAGCCAGUCAGCGAAGAGGGGAGUGGCUGCCAUCUUGGACAACUGCUGCUCUGUGUUUAUGCCGUCUUGCGCUCUAUUUUUCGGCCAGCACUCGCAGACAGAGCACCAACCAAUGUCUCAAUGGACCCGUCGUCCAUCAUUACUCAGGUGUCGCGCGAUGACGACCAGUCCAACACAAUUUUAGCCGAUGAAAAAGUUCAGCUGCCAGUGGUUGAUGGCGAUGGCUCAAGUCAAGGUUCCAGUGUAAAACAGCGGAAGAAACCUCGCAGAGGCCUUUUGCGGUCGUUGUUCUGCUGUGUGCGCAGACAAGACAGAAAUGAUGCGUCUCCUAAGGGGCCCUCCGGGACUGGGGGCAACGGUGGACUGGCCAGCGUUGAUGGCCGCUGCUCUCCCUCGCUCUCACCCAACUCCAACUCUGGCGGUCAGAUGUAUCUGCUGCCGCCAGUUCGACACCAGGACAUGCACAGAAAGUGUAUGGUCAUAGACCUCGACGAAACGCUUGUCCAUAGUUCUUUUAAGCCUAUAAGCAAUGCUGACUUUAUUGUUCCUGUGGAAAUCGACGGGACAGUGCACCAAGUCUACGUGCUGAAGAGGCCUCAUGUUGAUGAAUUCCUUCAGCGCAUGGGAGAGCUCUACGAGUGUGUCUUAUUCACCGCGAGCCUUGCAAAAUACGCUGAUCCAGUGGCCGACCUGCUGGACCGAUGGGGCGUCUUUAGGGCCCGACUCUUCAGGGAGUCAUGCGUGUUUCAUCGAGGCAACUAUGUUAAAGACCUCAACAAGCUUGGCAGGGACCUUCAUUCUGUGAUUAUUGUGGAUAAUUCGCCAGCCUCUUAUAUAUUCCACCCAGAUAAUGCUGUACCUGUGGCAUCAUGGUUUGAUGACAUGACCGAUUCGGAGCUUAUGGACCUGAUUCCAUUCUUUGAAAAACUGAGCAAGGUGGAUAGUGUGUACAAUGUGCUGUGCAACUCGAACCACCCAUACCACCACCCAAGCGGGCUGGCGGCGUCGUCGGCGGCCUCGUCCACUACAGGCAGUUCGCCAACCACGAGUGCGGCGCCGCUGUGCGGAUCGGCGCUUGUCGCCUCCAACUCAGUGCCCCAAGCUCAAGCGGCCGCCUCGUAGCAGCUUCUCCACAGGUCCCUCGCUGCUGAACCUCCUUUAAUGUAUUUCACGGUCGAACCGUGCCUGGCAGCCAUUCCGCGCGCGGCCUAACAUCAUCUGUGAACUGAGAAACUCUCUUCUUCGCCUCGCCUUUUACCCUACCCAACCAGACCGCGGACAGGCUUGAUAUAUUCUUUCAUCGCCUACAACCAUAUAUGGUUUUUAGCUCCAUCAAAUUUUUGUUUUAAAAUUUGAUUUCCACAUUAUAGGCUUUGAACCUUGAUCGACACUGUGACGUAUGGAAGUUUAGAUAAAUCCCUAUAUUGAUUUACUAGGUCACAGAACUUAAACGGUAUUCUCUCAAAAUUAAUGGAUAUUUUUAAUUCCAUUUCUGCUGGUUUUUAUUUUAAAUGGUCAAGUAUUCCUUAAUCUUUGAAUUUGCUGAUUGCAUUAUAUAUUUAGUGUUUGGAGACACUUUCAGAUGGAAACACAAGUUUUGUUAAAUGCAAAAUAUUACAAUUUUUCCUCCAGCUAUGUUGGUACAUUCACAGGAAUUCUGUAGAUUUCCAAAAAGAUCUAGUAGCUCAUAAACCAAUGAAUUUUUACUUAUCAACAAGUAACUCAAAGUUAGUAUAUUACAUUUACUCUGAAUACUAGGGUGGUGAUAUCAUCUAGAAAGGUCUCCAAAUACCUAAACCUUGCGAGAAGGCUGAUUUAGGAAUUUAAUUUUCUAAUCUAAACAGAAAUUUAUUCAAAAUAUCUAUUUCCUCUCAGUUGUCAUUUCACCUUUCAGUUGAUUUAAAUUUUAAGCACAAUUUUAUAAUUAGGCUGGGUGGGCAUGAAAUUUCUCGUUGCAGCUGGUGGGCUACUUGGAAAGUAUCACAUUUGAGACAUCCAGGGUAACGAUGAUUAAAUUCCUGUGACUGUUCUGUUGCAUCAGCGUCUCUGAACGGUGUGACCCUAAAGAGCAAAAAAAAUUGGCGCUCUUUUCCGCCGUAUUCGUGCCAACAAGGACACAUCACAUUGAUGGUUACUCUCUUGGCAAGCGGAAAAAGAUCUAUCUUAUUUAAUUGCAUUGACUGUAGUGCCUGUCAACUGUUGUUAUCGCUCUGUUUAGGUGUCUGAGGGUUUGAAUUAUACUUUGCGACACUUGCUGCUUAUAAUUUUAAUAUCAUUUACAGCUUAGCGCGCAAUCUGAUUGAUUUUUCGACUUUGGCUAGCUACCGAUGGCUGCUUUUAAGGAAAGGUGAAUAUAUAUAAAAUCUCGCGCUACAAUUUGGUUCACUUCUCGAACUCCUGUGCAGAGCCAACUAUUGCAUUUUUGCCCAGCCAUGUGCAGCAUCAAUUUGAACUCAGCUCUUCACGUAGUUUUGCCGAUCUUUCUGUUGGAAUGUUUUGCUGGCAUCCGAUUUCUUUGGUUUGCGUCUGUCAAAAAUGUGCCUGAUCAAUUUCUUGUGUAUAUUAAUAGGACGAUGUUAAACACUAAUUAUUGUAUUGCGACGCUGCUGUUGUUGCUCUUAACGUGCCAAUUGUAUUGCGUUAGCGGACGGAAUCUGAUGCAAUUCUGUUCACCUGCCUUCCACUGAUUGAUUAGGUCCACUGACACGGACCCGAUAACUAUCUUACAAUAUUCUCGCUGGCUCUCCCCCCGUUUUAGUGGGCAGGGGAUGGGUGGUAGUUUCUAGCAGUUUCAACUCCCAUUUCGGAGGAGUGGAGAUGAAUCGCUCGAUCACUAGUAAUUUUCAACCAAAGCAAUCUUACCUCAUUAUAAAAUUGGGACCGGCAUCAGGCUCAAAAACUAGAUUCAAACAAGUGGAACUGUUUAGCAGCAAGAUCUUGGAGUAUGUUUUGCAAAUUUCUGAUGAAAUACGAUUGGCUCAAUGAUGAAACUCGAAACUGCUGUGCACAGAUUUGCUGCUUAUACCCUUCCGAGCAACGUUUUGGCUGAAACAGAUUGAUAUUAUUUGAGAGUGAGUGACUGAUGAAUGGAAGAAAAAUUGUUUUAAGUAUGGAUGUUUGACGGCUUUUAGAUAAAAUUUCCUGUAUUCCUCUCGUAAUUCCUUAGAUAAUAACCUAAAGUCUAACACUAUAUAUUACUGAUGAUCGUAAAAAAAUAUAUAUAUAAUCAAUUAAAUCAAGUACCAUGAGGGGCCUUAAAGUAGUUCUACAUACUAUUAUUAAUUUAUAUUUUUAAGAGAGCGCGAAUACCGUUAAAAUUUUUGAUAACCAAGUAAAAUGCUUUAAUAAAAAUGAAUAUACGUCUAUUCAAAUUACACUUUGAGCUACUUUUGGUACUGCUGCGAAACGUUUUUGUUUUGUUUCCUGUUAAUCUUGAUGGAACAAUUUUACUCCCCAAAAAUUUACUCUUGCUUUAAAAGUUGCUGUUCCUUAUCAUUAGAACUGUUUGAUCUGCCCUCACAGUGAAGAUUAUCACUUAAUUUUAAAUUAUGUUUUAUGUUUAUGUCGUCUUUAAUAAUGUUAUCAUUAAUAUGUAGUGCGUGCUGAACCGCUCUGUACAUCAAGGAAGAUAUUAUUUCAGUUUUAUAAUUUUUGAGAGAGAGAGGAAAACGGUAUGGAAAUGAACUGUCUUAUGAUUCAAAUAUUUCUCUAAAAUAAUAAUAUUCCAUUGUGCAACAAUGAUUUGUUCUUGUUUUCAUUUAUAUAUUAUUUGUUCAAGCCGGACGUAAAGGAUGUUAUCGAAUAUAACUUACUCAAAGAGUUAGAUUUGUGUAUGAUUAAGCUGCACUGCAGACAUUUUGGUUGCCAUUAUAUUUUUGUGUUUACAAAAGAGAAAUAUGUGUUGGUCCUUCCUGACUCGUUUUGUGCAGAUUUUUGUACCAACUGCUGGCUGAUGUAAAAAUUGUAUUUACCCUAGGCUAUGUAACAUCCAUGGAUUACCUAUAUCACUUCUUAAUAAUUGUCAUUUUUCAACUGUCAUUAUAUUAUAUAUGCUAUUCUUUCAAAUAGAAUCCUUAUUUCUGAAA